AAAAACUGAUUUUUAAAAAAAACUUUUGAAUUGUGGAUAAUUGGAUAAUUAGAAUGAGCAAUCAAAGUAAAAGUCAGCCAUUAAAAUCUUGCGUUUGCAAUGAUCAUGUAAAAUCAAAAUCAACAACACCAUUGUUUAGCGAAAUAUCAUCAUUAUGUAAUUCACAUUUACUCGAUACAAUGCAUGAUGAUGAAGAAGAAAUACCUUCAGCAGCCAAAAAAUUAUUGAAAAAAUUCAACUAUAAUAUUGUAAAAUUUAUUGAUAAAGGUAGUACAUCAAAAGUAUAUAAAGUUUCAAGAAAUGAUCAACUUUAUGCAGCAAAAAUUGUUGAUUACAAUAAGCUUUCGGAUUUAAUACGUAAAAGAUUUUUACCAAAUGAAAUGAAACUAGUCACAUCACUUAAUCAUCCAAAUAUAAUACGAACUGAAGAAGUUCUUACGGAUGAUGAAUGUUCAAUCAUAAUUAGCGAAUUUGGAACCGAUGGUGAUCUGAUGAGCUAUAUUGAACGCCAAACCGCAAGUGUUGACAUAAAACGUGCCAAACAAUGGGCCGUACAAAUUAUACAAGGGCUUGUGUAUUUACAUUCAAAAGGUAUAGCUCAUCUUGAUGUCAAAGCGGAUAAUGUUCUUCUUUGUCAAGGCGUUGCUAAAUUAAGUGAUUUUACAUAUGCUCAAAUAAGUUUGGAUCCCAAAACCAAUAACGUUAUUCCAUGUACAACAUUUUGUGGUACACUUGAAUAUAAAGCACCGGAAACAUUGCAUCGUGCUGCACCAUUCAAUCCAUUUAUAGCUGAUUGUUUUAGUUUAGGUGUAUUAAUCUUUACAUUAGUAACGAUGGAAUUUCCAUUUGGUAGUGGAUCUGAUUUACGAACUACUGCCGGUUUACAGCGUCUUUAUGAAGAUAUACAAAAUAAACAAUGGCAACCGAAUCAUUUAAUAAAAGCUGAUCGUAAAUUAUAUUCAUUACUUAAACAAUUAUUGAAUCCGGAUAUUGAUGAAAGAAUAACAGUUGAACAGGCAUUAAUGCAUCCAUGGUUUGAUAGUGUUAUAGGAAAGAAAAACAAUGAUAUU